AUGUCAGGGAAAGCUGGUGCCGUGGGGGUAUUGAUCGAAGCCGGGCUUGACAUCGAAACGAAAAGAUCUGAAGACGGAUCUGGACCUCUUCAUCACGCCACGAAAGCGGGAAACGAUGAGGUGGUGCACGCUUUGCUCCAUCACGGGGCGUCCGUGGAUGCCAACAACAACGCGGGCCAGACCCCCCUGCACUGGGCAAUGAAAUCGGCUACGACCUUGGACAAAGUAGCCCAGACAGCCAAGCUUCUCACGGAAUGGGGAGCUAACGUGGAGGCUGCCGACGAUAACGGAAACACUCCCAUAAGCCUCGCUCGCAAGGGACGUCCUCAGUUGCUGGGAGCCUUUCAGGAAUCACGGAAGCAUCAGUCGUGGUGUCAUCGGCGGCAGGUUAUUCUGUUCAAGAGGCAGGUCGAGCGGGAGCAGCCGGAACCGGACCUGGGCCCUUUGCUAUUGAACCUGGCGAACACGAAAGAGGAACUCUUCGAAAUGGUGCUGGGGUAUCUAUAG